UGGCUUUUCCAUUGCAGGGUCAGCAAACAGGACCCAGUGCCAGGUGACCGGAACUGUGGGCUGGGAGGCCAGGUGUGGCGGCCUGGCUUAUCGCUCCAGCUGCCCCGUUCCCUCUGUUUUAUCAGGGAGAGUGAGAAGGUGUCAGAGCCUGGGACAGGUGCGAGCAGGGCACAACUUCACAGGCCCAGCCGGAAGGUGUCUGUCCUUGGCAGGCUUAAAAGAGCCUGCUGUCGCCUCCACCUCAGUCAGACCUCCUCAGCCAGCUGCAGUAUGCGGGUGCUGUUGAUCUGGAGUGUGCUUCUCGGGGCUGCCCUGGGCAGUGAGGACUUUGUGGGGCACCAGGUGCUCCGAAUCUCUGCAGCCAAUGAGGCCCAAGUACAGAAGGUAGCGGAGCUACAGGACCUGGAGCACCUGCAGCUGGACUUCUGGCGGGGCCCUGCCCGACCUGGCUCCCCCAUCGAUGUGCGAGUGCCCUUCCCCAGCAUUCAGGCCGUGAAGAUCUUCCUGGAGGCCCACGGCAUCGGCUACGAGAUCAUGAUCGAGGAUGUGCAGACGCUGCUGGACGAGGAGCAGGAGCAGAUGUCUGCCUUCCGGGCCCGGGCCACCUCCACGGACACCUUCAACUAUGCCACCUACCACACACUGGAGGAGAUCUAUGACUUCAUAGACCAACUGGUGGCUGAGCACCCACAGCUUGUCAGCAAGAUCCAGAUUGGCAACACCUAUGAAGGCCGGCCCAUUUACGUGCUGAAGUUCAGCACCGGGGGGAACAACCGUCCCGCCAUCUGGAUUGACACGGGCAUCCAUUCCCGGGAGUGGGUUACCCAGGCCAGCGGGGUGUGGUUCGCCAAGAAGAUCACUGAAGACUAUGGCCAGGACCCAACCGUCACCUCCAUUCUGGAUAACCUAGAUGUCUUCCUGGAGAUCGUCACCAACCCUGAUGGUUUUGCCUUCACCCACAGCCAGAACCGCAUGUGGCGCAAGACUCGGUCGCGCACGUCGGGCUCCUUCUGUAUCGGGGUGGACCCCAACAGGAACUGGGACGCUGGCUUUGGGAAAGCCGGCGCGAGUAGCAACCCCUGCUCAGACACUUACCACGGCAAGACGGCCAACUCCGAGGUGGAGGUCAAGUCCAUCGUGGAUUUUGUGAAGAACCAUGGGAACAUCAAGGCCUUCAUCUCCAUCCACAGCUACUCCCAGCUCCUCCUCUACCCCUAUGGCUACACCUCUGAGCCAGCCCCUGACCAGAAAGAGCUGCAUCAGGUGGCCAAGUCUGCCGUGACGGCCCUGGCCUCUCUGUACGGGACCAAGUACCAGUACGGCAGCAUCAUCGACACCAUCUAUCAAGCCAGUGGAAGCACCGUGGACUGGACCUAUAACCAGGGCAUCAAGUACUCUUUCACCUUUGAGCUCCGCGACACCGGGCGCUACGGCUUCCUGCUGCCAGCCUCCCAGAUCAUCCCCACGGCCCAGGAGACGUGGCUGGCGCUUCUCACCAUCAUGGAGCACACCCAGACCCACCCCUACUGAACGGGCCGUGUGGCACCCUCCUCCUCCUCCUCCUCUUCUCUGCUUCCCCACCACAGACAACCAAAUAAAGCCUGAGUAUACGAA